AUGGUUCAUUGUAUAGUGGUUGGAUGUGCUUCUAAAAGCGGAAAAAGUCGUGUUAGCUUUCAUACAAUACCCAAGAUUGUAUCAAAUCAAGGAGAAGAGCACGAAGAACUCACUAGAGAGAGAAGAAGGCGCUGGAUUUCAGCAAUAAGUCGAGGCGAUACAGAGACGAAGAGAAUCCUCGACAGUGAACGAGUAUGUGGGUUACAUUUUGUGACUGGAAAAGCUGCAGCCUCUUGGGAUAGAUAUCACAUCGACUGGGUGCCAACUCUAAACCUUGGAAAGCCACAAGCGAAGCAGCCUACAGUCGAUAAACAAAAAGAAGAAGCGAGUUUGAAGGCUGAAAGGGCCAAGGAGCGCAGGAAGAGAAGCAUCGAGCGUCAACAAAUCGAAGCAGCUAAGAAGAGAAAAGAGCUGGAACAAACUGGUCUGACUGUGCAAAACAUAGAUUUUGCUAUUGCUAGCACAUCUACUGAAGAUGUUUCAGGCCUAGACGCUCAUUCUAACGAAGCUUGUGGCAGUACAAGUUAUGAAUAUUUUGACGGCGACGAGACAGAGAAGGGAAUUCAAACAGUCGUCCACGAAAUGAUUGAUCGUUCCACUUCAACGGAGGACUUUGAAGUAGUUUCUGAAGGCAGGAGAAAUAGAGGAAUGCAGACUCAAGAAUUCAAUUAUUUGUUUAAGAACUCUGUAUAUCAAGCUCCAGAUAAAGACUUCUUCCAAUCUCCAGAUAAAGUUCGUUUUUACACUGGAUUGCCUUCGUUUGAUAUACUAAUGGUAGUGUUUGAACAUGUAAGCCCGUACGUAUCACGACGAUCAGAUUUAACCAGCUUGAACAGCUUUCAAGAAUUUAUCAUUGUUUUGAUGAAGUUACGGUUAAAUGUACCAUUUCAAGACUUCGCAUACCGUUUUGAGGUGUCCUUAACAAGUGUGUCAAGGGUAUUCACCUCAUGGAUACAUGCAAUGGACUCGAGGCUGUCUUGCUUCAUUCAUUGGCCUGCAAGGGAACAGCUGUGGAAAACUAUGCCAAUGUGUUUUCAGUACACCUUUGGUCGUAAGGUUACUGUAAUAAUUGAUUGUUUCGAAGUUUUUAUUGAGAAACCAACAAACCUUAUGGCCAGAGCUCAGACCUUUUCUUCAUAUAAGAACCACAACACUGUUAAGAUUUUGAUUGGAAUCACACCCCAAGGCACUAUCUCAUUUGUUUCUGAGGCUUGGGGAGGAAGAACAUCAGAUAAAUUUCUGACUGAGAACUGUGGAAUCCUAGAAAAAUUGAUACCAGGAGAUACUAUAAUGGCAGAUAGAGGAUUUACAAUUUCUGAGAGUGUUGGUUUGAAGCAAGGAAAGCUAGUGAUUCUUGCAUUCACCAAAGGAAAAGCUCAGCUGCACCCAGUAGAUGUAGAGCGUUCAAGAGGCAUAGCGAAUGUGAGGAUCCAUGUGGAGCGAGUGAUAGGUCUACUACGAAGGAAAUAUACUAUAUUAGAAGGAACACUCCCCACUAAAUUCUUGAGUUGUGACCAGAACGGUCCCACAGAAAACCAGGUACCCAUAAUAGACCGUAUUCUAAGAGUUUGUUCAGCCCUUGUAAAUUUUUGCCCAUCAAUAGUACCACUUGAUUAGCUAGUUUAAAUGAAUUUUUAUUGUUUUCUAAGACAAUACCCUGGUGGAAAUCUUUCCCAGAAUCCUAGUAGAUAAUGGAUCUUUAAUCAUCCUAUCAAGAUCCUGUGGGACUCUAAGACUUUGGUAAAUCCUAAUCCUGGACAGAAUCCUGUUUGGGAUCCUGAUAGAAUCUUACAGGAUCCUGGAAAAUAUUUUCACAAGGGGAGUGCAAGAAUUAUGUACUAGACUAAAGAUCAACCACUUACCUCUGGCCAAAAUACCUAAAUCCAUUUUUGGACUACUUGAUUACUUUCAGCAUAUACAUUGUUGCUAUUGUAAAUAAUUAUUGAUAUUUAUUAAUAGAGUGGUUUUCAUUAACCUAUUAAUACAUUCUGAGGUAAUAUACCUUAAAUCCAUUUGUGUUCUUUUAUUUGUACAGCUACUCACCAUACUUUAUAUCAAAGGUUAAUGUAAAUCAUUCUAACUAAAGCAAUAGCACUGAAACUGUGAAACAAGGACUAACUAAAAAGUACAAAUAGUACUAAUUAAGCAAUAGAAAACAAAGGAUUUUGCUACUAUUUGUCUCUAUAGUUAAUAGUAGACAUAUUUUAGUUAUUUCAUGGUUUAAGUGUUAUCGCGCUAUUGGACAAAAUUAUUUAGCUGCUUAUCAGGUGAUCUAAAACAGCAAAGAUACAUGUUAUGUUAACAAAAAGUUUUUUUUGUAAACAAGUGUUAAUCAUUUAAAAAUCUAUGAUGUAAAUGCAUGUCUAAGUUGGCAAAUAACAAACUCAUAGUGACUGGUUUUAAACUAAAAAGCAACAACAAGAUUGUUGAAUUUUUUAAUCAAAUAUUAUUUAUAUAUCUAAAGUCAUCUUGCACAUUGUCAAUAUAAUAUUAAGAACAGGAACAAAAUAAUUUCAAUAUUUAGCAAAAUUAUUUCAAAACAUGACAAUAUUGCUUAAAUUCAUAUCUCUGGUAAAUUCGAUGGCAAAUUAUUGUAAAUUUUAUGUAUCAUUGUGAAUGAUUUCACAUUAUUUUACACCAAUGGACAUGCAAAUAUGUUUUGUUAUUUACAAAAUUCAGUGAUUUUUACUGCAUUUAGAUUGAAAACAAUUUAACUGCAAAAUAAAAAGGAUUAAAUAUU